GGGCGGGGCGCUGCGGCCGGCCGUGAGGAAGGGGAGGGGAGGCGCCGCGCCGGGUCGGACCGAGCAGCUUCCCUCCGCCGCCCCCGCCAGUCCGGCCAUGGCGUACGGUGGCCUGACGGUGCCCAUCAUCGUAAUGAGCGUUUUCUGGGGGGUGGUCGGCGGCGUCCUGCCGUGGCUCGUCCCCAAGGGGCCCAACCGCGGUGUUAUCAACACAAUGCUGGUGACAUGUGCUGUUUGCUGCUACCUGUUUUGGCUGAUUGCGAUUCUGGCUCAACUCAACCCUCUCUUUGGGCCGCAGUUAAGCAAUGAAACAAUCUGGUAUCUUAAAUCUCACUGGCCUUAAGGAUGUCUAUCCUCUGCUGCAAUUUAUUGACUAGGUAAAGAAGAGAUUUCCUCCAGAUGAAAAACUCUACUGACUCAAAGAUGCCCUUAACGCAGUUGGUUGGAUACCAAGUCUGCAUUAAUGCCUUAACCUUUCUAUUCUGCUUCAAAUGGCUUGUUCAAAGCCCUAUAUUUUUUCCUACUAUACCAUUUAACAGUGUGCCUAAUGCAAUUUAUACUUCUCUUCGGUACUGUAAAUUUUUGUCUGUUAACUUCAGAUGCGAUGAAAAUUUCUGAAGUUUUUAUGGAUCAUAGACAACUUUCCUGUUCUUUUUACUCACUCCGUAGGAACACUGUAUAUAUCUCACAGGUCUUAAGUUGUCUGUUGCUGUGCUGUUGACCCCUGUUCUGUUUGACUGCACUUGAAAAAAAAAGUGUGCAAUGAAGCUGUAUGAAGAGAGGAGAAACAGUGGUGCCACAUGUUGAUGGCACUUAAUUUUUAGAAUGAGUUGUAUUCUUGGGAAAUUUGGUCUUAAAUUUCUCAUGCCGGGAAAUAAAACUAAUCCUCUGCUUUAUACAAAA